UUGUCUUCACUCCUUCCUUUCAACCCUUAUUUCAAACAGAGAGAAAGAAUUAAAAAAAGAAAAAGAAAAAGAAAAAGAAAAAAGUUGAGUUCUCAGAUGAGGAAUAGUAACCACGUGAUCGGGCUACUGAACUUCCUAACUUUCCUCCUCUCAAUCCCCAUCCUGGGCGGCGGCAUAUGGCUGAGCACCCGAGCCAACACGACCGACUGCCUCCGGUUCCUCCAGUGGCCUAUCAUCAUCAUCGGCGUGGCCAUCAUGGUCAUCUCUCUAGCGGGCUUCGCCGGAGCCUGCUAUCGCAACACUUUUCUCAUGUAUGUCUAUUUGUGGGCCAUGUUCCUCAUAAUCGUCGCACUACUCGGCUUCAUCAUCUUCGCUUACGUCGUCACGGACAAGGGCUCGGGCCGGACCGUGCCCAACCGCGCCUAUUCGGAGUACCGUUUGGAAGAUUAUUCGGGCUGGUUGAAGGAUCGCGUGGCGAGUGACAGCUAUUGGGGGAAGAUUAGAUCGUGUAUUAGGGACUCCAAAGUUUGUGGCAAGAUGGCGAUAGUCAUUGGGGGUGUUCCUGAGUCUGCUGACUCCUUCUACCUCAGAAAGCUCAACCCUAUUCAGUCUGGAUGUUGCAAGCCCCCAACAGAAUGCGGGUAUGUGUACAUGAACGAGACGUACUGGACCACUGGAGUAGGAGUGGGAACCAAUACUGAUUGCUCCAAGUGGAACAACGACCAACAACAACUCUGCUACGACUGCAGCUCCUGCAAAGCCGGCGUGCUAGCCAGCGUCAAGAAGAGCUGGAGGAAGGUCUCCAUCAUCAACAUCAUCAUCCUAAUCAUCCUACUCAUCGUUUAUGUGGUCGCUUGUGUAGCGUUUAGGCAUAAUCGUAGGAUCGACAAUGAUGAGCCCUAUGGCGAGACUCGGAUGGAGAAGGCACAACCUAGUAGGAUACAUUUUUAAGAAAGCUAAGAUUUGAAGAAUUUGUAAUGAUGUUUUGAAGGAUUUGUCUGGAUUAGGUUUGGGUGUACUUGUAUUUGUAUGUUUAGUUUUGGGGAAAAAAGGUUUGGGUGGAUAUGUCUUGUUGGUGGCAUAUUUUCAUUUUAUGAAUCUUUAGAAUUUUAUGUAUUGUAUAGAACAAGAGGUCUGGGAAAUGAUCAUAUUUCAAUUGCUGUUUUCAUUU